GUUCCAGUAGCUCAUUCGCCAAUUACUCACGAAGAUAGAACCAACGGCACAGAGGCCCUGCAGCAAACGUAUAAUAUUUUGACCACGUUCAAUCAGUGUCCGAAUCGCAUUUACGCGAUCAGUAAAUGCGUAUGCUUGCGCCUUUUACUUACGGCUUCGGUUAUCUUGAAUCCAAUUAGUCCGUAGUCGAUGAGCUCAAUUAUUGCCAUAGCGGUAAAUAUUGCACCUUGCAGAUGUACUUUUAGGCUAAACUUCGACGCUGUCAGUCUGUUUCUUCAAAUUUUUUAAACGAUUUUAAGCGACGUAACAUAAAGACGAGAUCGCGCCUUCGUGGAACUUAAAAGCACGAUUGGAAGCUUUGAAAAAAUUAACUACAGAUGCAUCCGAUCUUUUUUCGCGGUAGCAAGUACUGCACAAAGCUACUGGAAUGGAUUACAUGCUUCGUGUGCAUCGUCUCUGCGUGUUACAUGGAGGUAGAUUCUUGGCCACGAGGGGCAUUCGUCGUAGCAUUGACGUCAUGUGGCACCAGUCUCGUGAUCAGUACCGUCUUCAUCGUGUCCCACGCGACAAGAAACGUCCACGAAUUCACCGAAGCCGUGUUCGACGUUUUGUGUAUAACAAUUUUGGCCGUUGGAAUUUGCGUGUCAGUCAAGCAGCGGAGCGGUAAUAAACUCGACGAGCUCUUCAUCGGCCUUUUGGCUCUGAACGUCCUCUUCUUUCUCUCGGACUUGGUCGUUUAUCGAAUAGUAUACGACCCCGUUUUGUGCUGCUGGAUAGCGGUGAGGCCAUUGGUAAAAACCGACGACGAUCAGAAUGAGCGCAACGACGAUUAGCUCCAGAGAAACCGCUCCAAAUAUUUGACCAACUUUUCUAAUAGAUAUAUCAAGAUCAUACCCAUCACUCAGAAUUGCGCGUCAAUUUAAAUGGGUUGAUAUAAGUCGAGAAUUUUAUUCGUGCGUCAGCUUUAUUUUAAACUCAAACACGCGCUCGGGUUUUUGGUAUUCAUGAAUAUACAUUAUAUAAUGUACAAAAAGAUGAAACUGUACAAGUUUGAACACCUGUUCAGCUAUCGUGGAGUACAUGAAUUGGCAGUCUUAUGCGACAUGUUUGAUCGAAUGACUCGUUACAGAACCCCACGCCUAUCAACAAAUUGUGAACGAGGCGAUUGGUACAUUGAAAAAGAAUGAAGAAAAAUAUAAUCGGGUUGUUAUAAUCAUUAAUUGCACUUAUCAUACGUAAAAUAAUACAUAUUAUAUACCUACAUAAUAUAAUGUAAUACCUAUAGAUACUCAAAUGUGUGUAUUAUAAAAAUAUUACCAUUUCUAACUUGUACUAAUAUUUUGCAUAACAUUUCGCGACAAUAUAUAAUGUUUUAUGCAGGUGCGAUAAUUGUCUGAUAAGUUAUCAAAUUGUCGGUAAACUUUGACGAAACGUCGUGUCCAGUUGAAAUGAAAUUAAGUGAACUUGGAAAAUCGUUCACACGCUAUAUCAAAUUUAAAAGAUGUAUAACUCGAAACCUUUAUACUCGCUUAUAAAAA